CUUUCGCCACUCGUUCAAGAUGCACAGAGAUUCAUUAUGUAUCACAAAGGGGUUAUCGAGGGGCAUCCACUACAGACAUAUGCAUCUGCGUUAUUGUUCAGUCCUACAGGUAGUCUGAUCAGACGAAUAUUUCAGCACGAAGAGCCUAAGCAAAUCACUAUUAAGCCAGCGUUAAGCGACAAUUGGAGUGCGUGCCUGCAGAUCCUCGAGGGCCAUAGCAGUUCUGUCAACUCAGUGGUCUUCUCGCCCGACUUGGCGAGGCUGGCGUCGGUGUCGUACAACAGGACCGUCAAGAUCUGGGAUGCGAGCAGCGGCGCGUGCUUGCAGACCCUCGAU